ACACGAUGCUCGUGUGUACAGUAGUGAACGGUGUGCUUUGGUGCUAGCCUUUCAGGCAUGACCAGAGGUCUCUGCAAUAAACAGAAGUUUUGGAUGAUACUUUUUAACCUUCUACAAACUCGGCUAACUCAUUUAGUUUUCAAGAAAUGAUCAAGAAAACGUCAGUAUAUAGCCAUCCGUUAAUUCAUCACUCGAUAGAUCCAGAAGCUCAAGAAGAGACCAGAGAAGACUAUGAUGACAAACAGGUGGUCACAGAGAUCAUGGCAAGAUGUUUUAUUCCACCUGUGAUGACAGCCACUGCCUGGGAAGGUUUUCAUUUUGUUGGUCAUGAGAUUCGCAUUACUGAAGCCACGGAUUGUUAUGGUGCUGUUGUUUGGCCAUCGGCCCUUGUUCUAUGCUAUUUCCUGGAAACAAAUGCAAAGCAGUAUAAUAUGGUUGACAAAAAUGUGAUUGAAAUUGGAGCUGGAACAGGGCUAGUCUCCAUCGUGGCAAGUUUACUCGGUGCUCACGUGACUGCCACAGAUUUACCAGAAUUACUUGGAAAUCUGCAAUAUAAUAUUUUCCGAAACACCAAAAUGAAAUGCAAGCAUUUGCCUCAGGUUAAAGAACUCUCCUGGGGAGUCGCUUUGGAUGAAAACUUCCCCAGGUCUUCCAUCACUUUCGACUACAUCCUGGCAGCGGAUGUUGUCUAUGCUCAUCCUUUCCUGGAAGAACUCCUCGUUACCUUUGACCAUCUCUGCAGAGAAACUACUGUCAUCCUCUGGGUCAUGAAAUUCAGGUUGGAGAAAGAAAAUAAAUUUGUAGAUAGAUUUAAGGAGUUGUUUGACCUGGAGGAAAUUUCCAGUUUCCCUAGCCUGAAUAUUAAGUUGUAUAAAGCUAUGAAGAAAAAUCAGAGGAAUGCAUGAUAUCCUCGAUUGAGGAUAUGGAAGAGCUAAGGCAAUUUCCAGUAGGUUAUUACUGCAAAGAAAACUCUGAAUAAUCUGAUGUACCAAUGGUUUUCACAAAGUAAACUCCCACAUAUACACAUAUAUACCCCUACUAUGUGAAUAGAAGAUAGUUUCCCAAAUUUGCCUGCCCACAAGGUGGGGAUUUUCCUGGGUCUGCUGGAUUGGAGAAAGCUCACUCCUGGUCUAUCUCCAUCAGCUCCCAAGGCCACCUUCUACUUAAGUGGUCAUAGGAGCUUUUGGCAAAGUCACACUGUGCAGUCACUGUCUGCUCUCCUUAUCCCUCUAUAGCACCAUUUAUUAUUAUUGUUAUUAUUUUGUUAAAUGGUGAGAUUAUUAUUUUUAAUGUACAAUUACAAAAUGAUGAUUUUAAAUAAUGAUAUCUCUACAAUGAACAUUGUUAUACAUUCUUUUAAACAUAGAUUUAUAUGGUUCUCUCUUUAGAAAUAAAGAAAUUGACUCUAGUGGGACCUGCAAAUAAAUCUGAAAAGGCAGAUACAUAAUGUAACAGUAACUAUUAGACUUUUGUAGUUUUCAUUAGUGCCAGCGUACUGGUGGUCUGUCAUCUCUGCUUGGCAGGGUGGGCGUCCUGUGUAACCUCUGAAAUCAGUCAAGCUUGUAAAUUUGAGGUUAUGGGCAAGGACGUUUCACUCCACUAAAUGAAAAAUGAAUGGAAGCAAACAUAAAAAUAGUUGAGAUUUUGGAGGCCUCAUUGUUUUAUUUUUAAGCCAAGUACAGCUAUUUUGUAUCACAGAAACAGAAAUAAACAUAAAAACUUUGGAUUGAAAAUACACAUGAAAAGAUUUAGGCCUCUAAUCUCAAAUAACCAGACAUAUGGCUGGUUUUAAAAUUUAAAGCUCUUCUGAAGAACAUAUAUAGACCUAGAUAUCUCUAAUUCUAUGUGAUUUUUUUUCACAUGGGCCUUAGAGAGUAGAAUAAAAUCUGAAGUAAUUAAAGUCAGUGCAAAAAGAGCAAAGAAUUAGGAUUUUGUACUAUGUAACCGCCUAGACUAUAUUUAUUGAUUGGCAACUAUUCUUUGGUGUCCCCAGUACUGUUUUAGGCUAUCACUGUGCCCUGGGGCUGACACCUACUCCUCUAGAGCCAGUCCUUUCUGCUUUGCUUAAAGUCAUCAGUCCAUUCGGGGUUGAGCAUAGCCAAAAAGACGAUUUCCUUAGACUCUGAUCUGUAAGCAAGGAUGCAAAUGGACUCCAGUGGAUUUUUUGGUAUGUGUGGUUCAUAGGACAACUCUCAAUAAUUCCCAGUAUGUACACGGAUUUUUGUUGUUUUCACAGUCUUUUACUUAUAUAAAGCCAUUUUAUCCUCAUUACCAUUCUAAGAUGUGUAAAUAAUAUCAUUAUCCCUACUUAGCAGAUGGAAACUGAGGCCGAGAGGCCCCAGGCCACAUGUCUGCAGAGUAGCAGCCAUGGGACAUUCAAGUCCCUGUCUGUUUGAGCCUGUGUUCUUAACCUCUGUACCAUGUUUAUGUAUUUAAAACAGUAAUUUUGAAACAAGUGAAGUGUCAAACCCUUUUUGAAACAAGUAAAGUCAUUUCUUCAAAAUGAAGUAUAUGCUGGAAAGAUAAGCAAAUACAUUGGAAGAAAAAUAACAACUGUUCCUUCUUAAAACUUUUGUCUUAUUUUCUACCCAGGUAGGUCAGGGUGGGCUCAUUUAGAAGGUGACAUUUCAGCAAAACUGAGAGGAGGUGAGGGAAGCAGCAGUACAAAUAUCAGGGAAGUGUGUUCCAGGCAGAAGGAGCAGCCAUGCAGGGCCCUUAAGACAGGAGAACACCCAUCCUCUUGAAAAGUCAAAGAGCAGUGUGCUUGUGCAGGGUGGGCAGGGGAGACUGGUGAGAGAGGAAGUCAGAGAACCUAUGGGGGGCUAGAUUAUGCAGGACUUUUGUUGCAGGCUGGGCUCUCCAGAACCAGACUUUGAGAUGGAAUUCAGUGUGCAGGUCACUUAUUGGGGAGUGUGGUUGGGACGAGGACCUAUGGAAAGGAGUGGAAGGAAUUAGGACAGAAGUAGGUCGAGCUGCAGAGUGGGUCCCACCACAGCCUCAGCUGACCCGCAUAGAGCACAGGGCCUAGAGAGGCCUUUGGGAGUAGUCCCGAUCGCGGCAAGAUGUCUGGGCCUUGGUAAUCAUGUGGCUCAGUCACUAGAUGCGGCUGUCCUGGGAAGACUCUGUAACUAACCUCAGACGAGGUGACUCUCUUCCGCUGAAGCAAUCCCUGGGUGUCUGCCAGGAGCUCUUCCAGCAGCAGGCGAUAGGUCAUUCUGAAGAGGAUCUGGGCAGCACAUGACAGCAUGAACCACGCAUUUCAGGCCACUGAGAGAACUUUGGUUUUUCCUCUGGUGAAAUGGAGACUCGCUGAAUGGUUUUGAGUUGCUGGUUUUGAAAUAAUAUUACUUCAUGUAAGGACCACUCUGUUUGAGAAGAAUGUAGAGGCAGAGAGGCCCUUUAGGAGGCUGCGGUGGACAUCCAGACAAUCCAGAGGAUGGCAGCCCUCAGCAGGGAAUCUGCACCAGGGUGGGGAGAUGUGGGCAGUUCUGGCUGUGUUUGGAAGCUGAGCCGCAGGCCUUUCCACCCUGCAGAGUACAGAGUGUGAGGGAAGGACAGUCACGGCUGACUCUCAAGUGUCUGAUUGGGAUUAAGUACAUAAAUUUAGAGUCAUCAGCUUCAAGAUGACUUGUGAGGCUCCUGCAGGGAGCAAGAGUGAAUAGACAGAGAGAAUACAACAAAGACUGAGUGCCCUGAAGCACGCCAACCUUAACAGAUCAGAUAUAGGCACAUUUCGAGAUUAUUUUAAGAGAUUCUGCUCUUCCACCCGAUUAUAUUAGUAUCUGUUAGCUCUGAAAAAUAUGAAUUUAAUACCACAGUGGUUUUUGACUGGUCAGUAGAGUUCCAAGGUUCCUGAAAGUUGCAUCAGAGACAUCUAAGGGCCUGAGUGCCAGAGGGGCUGCAGCAAGGAUUUCGGGGUAAAAAGAAAAAAAAUGGCUUUUCUGCUAAAAAAUGUUUGAAUAUCACAACUAAGUUAUUUUUAGGUAGAAUUGAUGAAGUGUCCUUUCAAAGACAGCGUUAGGACCAAACCAACCAUAUGGUUCUUUAAAGUUCCUCUUUCUCUACGUGUCAAUCUGUCAAGCUUAACGUUCCGUUUCCAUUGUUUUAUUCUGUUUAUAGCAUUCCCUCGCAAGUCCUAACACCCGCCCACACACAUCAUGUUUCUCUUGUUUCACUUCAUUCUGUGUACUUGUCUACUCUUAUCUUUUUGCUGCAGUUUCUCCACAUUUUUAUAGAUUCAAUU